AUGGGAUUGGCCGGCCUCGUUGAGCGUGCAAGGCUCCCCUAUGUCUCGCAAUGGAUUAAUGAUGAUAUUCGUCCCGUAGAGGCUGCCAGGCGAACAUGGGGCUUCUGGACCUUUCAUAAUUACUGGUUGCUGAUCAACUGCAACAUUGCAACCUUCCUUACGGGAAGCGCACUGAUCCCCCUGGGCCUCAAUUGGUGGCAGGCUAUUAUUGCCAUCGUUAUCGGGAAUAUUAUCGCCACCACGGCAAUUGUCAUCAGCUCGCUAUCAGGAGCCUACUAUCACAUUGGUUUUUCUGUCUACAGCCGUGCCGUCUGGGGCAUGUGGGGUUCGCAAUUUGCUAUUUGGAACCGUAUAUUCUUGUGUUUAGGUAUGUACGGAUUCCAGUCAUGGGUUGGUGGCCAAUGUUUCGAGCUGAUUCUGCUUUCGUGGGAUCCCAAUUAUGAGUCUCGCAUCCCCAACCACAUGCCUGCCUCUACGGGCAUGACCACAGCCCAGUUUGUGUCGUACAUAAUCUUUUUCGUCAUCAGCCUUCCCUUCGUAUGGAUCAAGCCGCACCGUCUACAGAAAUUCUUCUAUAUUGCCAGCGCGGUUACCAUGGUAUUCUUCAUAGUACUUCUGAUCUGGGCUUUGGCAACCAUGGGUCACGGAGGCUUUGGUGACACUAUAGACUCGGCAACCACCAUUCCCAAGACCGGCGGGCCGGGCAGUCUUGCCUGGCUCAUGGUAUACGGGAUAAUGUCCACCGUCGGCUCCAUUGCCGCCGGUAUCCUGAACCAGAACGACUUUGCACGUCUGGCGAGGAAGCCGAUGGAUGCUGUCUGGGGCCAGCUAAUACCGUACGGCGUAUAUAGCAUCUUAACGUCGGUCAUUGGCAUUUUGGUUGUUGGAGCGACGCAGAAAAGAUUUGAUGGCGAGGCCGUCUGGAACCCACCGACCAUCUUUGUUCGCCUAUUGGAAAAGGACAACAGCCCCGGGACCCGCGCUGCGCUCUUCUUUGCGGGGGUUGCCUUGUGCAUUUCACAAAUCGGCAGCAACGUGCCUGGAAAUGCGUUGGCCGGCGGCAUCGAUCUGUCGUCGGUGUUCCCGCGGUACAUCAACAUUCGCAGAGGCGCCUACAUCACGGCUAUACUGAGUCCGAUUGUCAACCCUUGGCAGCUGGUCAACACGGCGACCACGUUCCUCUCGGUCUUGUCCAGCUACGGCGUCUUCCUGGCGCCCAUGACGGGCAUGAUGUUUGCUAAUUAUGUGUUUGUAAACAAGCGCAAGGUCAAAGUCGACGAUCUUUACCACGGCCACAGCGGCAGCAUUUAUUGGUACAAUUACGGCAUUAAUUUCCGCGCCCCUGUUGCAUGGGCCGUCGGGGUUGCACCAACCCUGCCCGGCUUUAUUGCGGCUAUCAACACAUCCGUGUCGCUGCCUGAUGGCAUGACGGAGCUUUAUUUCCUCAACUACCUGUACGGAUUUACCUCCAGCGCCGUCGUUUAUUCGCUGCUUCACUGGAUCUUCCCUGCCAAGCCUGUCGAUGACUUUGUCAAGAAUGCACCAAGCGCGAAGGAAGUCCAGCGGCAUUUCACAGAUCGCUGGGAAGUGGACCUGUCCCAGGCAGGCCAAAUCCUGUCAGACGACGACGGCUCAGGAAUUACGCAUCUAGACGCAGUAGUAGUCACUGGCGGAAUAGGCGAACUUUCAUCUCAACAGGACAGCGCCACCGAGAGUACCACUGAAAAUGGAGUCUCUGAAGCCGAGUUCGUCUCGCCUCCAGGCAUAGACUCUUCGCCGGCACCACCACGCCGCAGCGUCUCGCAUUCCAGCCCGGCAGACACUAUCCAGUCGUCGGCAGGUCUCAGUGCCGCUGGAGACCUGAGUCUAGAGCCGCAGCCGUCAGUACCUGCGACCGUCGUACAUCAGGGCUUGGUUCGCCAGACAGGCUCUUCCGGAGACACCUUGGAACAAACCUCAUAUGGCCUCUCGCCCCCAGUCCCUUUGGCAUCCAACUUCCCUGUUCAUACACUCGAAGAUAAUUUCAACAGGACAGCACACUCCAUGGGGCCAUCAGGUGAACAAGACAUAUAUCUCCUGGAUGCCUUCAGAUGCCUCAUCAUAAGCGAGAACGAUGAGAUCGAUGCCAAUAUCAUCCAGGUAUACCCCGGAGGCCCUUCGGCAGAUGAUCGUCCGGUUCACUUUCUGCUAUUGGAAAAUGAGAACCCCGACUUCACCAAUGAGGCAAAGCAACUCGCAUCGGACGAAACGGAGACGCUUGUGUGGCCCUACGGCGAGCACUUGGUGCGCUUGUAUUUCAAGCACGUCCAUCCCAUAUAUCCUGUUGUCACCAAGACUCGUUUCCUGAGUCAGUACAAAGCCAACAAGAUGAAAAUCCCUGCGUCGUUGCGCGGUGCAAUCUAUGGAAUGGCAUGCGUAUUCUGGGACAUAAAAGAACCUUGUCCCUUUGAGCAGCACCAAUGCAUUGAUCACGCCCACGAGGCCCUUAGGCGCGAACAUGAGAACCCUAAUCUGUUCAGCCUGCAAGCAGGCCUUUUGCUCCACCACAUCACACCUCCCGACGUCGACAGUGUUGAAACGCCGAGCAUGUGGACCAUGACGGCGCAGACCACGGCGUGUGCUCAGACAAUAGGUCUUCAUCAAGAUCCUACUCGAUGGAGCAUCGAACCGUGGGAGAAAAGAGUUAGAAAGAAGCUUUGGUGGGCAGUAUACGCUUCGGACUGCUGGUCCGCAAUAUGCCAUGGGAACCCUCCACACAUAAGCCCGUCGUCAUUCAGUACAGCUCCACCUGAUAUGGACGAUAUUCGAGCUGACGAGACUGUUCCUGAAGAUUUACGACACAUGGUCGAACCUGAGGACGCUGUCUUCCAGGCUUCGGUUGGCGCCCGGUUUUUACAGUUUAUUAAUCUUACGAUUGUCCUGAGAGAUGUGCUGGACUGCAGCUUUCAAAUUCGACCCAACCCAUCAACCUUGGGCGAGAGGGCAGCACAUUUAAACAUCUUGCGAGACAAAUUCAAAGAUUGGCACGUCCUGCUUCCACAGUGCCUCGCUCUUGGCCCUGAAAGAGGGCAAGAUGUAGCUAGUAAUUGCCCCUUGCAUCUCACAUAUUAUGCUGCUCAGGCACUCUUAUACCGAGGUUUGAUGUAUCCUGCUACUAGAGCAGCCAAAGCCAACCCCGAGUCAAAUCUUCGGAAGUGGUUUGUUCCCGCUCUUAGCGAAUUUCAGAACUUUGUCUGCUUUUUCGAUUCCAUCACUGAAGAAGAUUUACGUGGUUUUUGGUGCCGCCAUGCUCGAUCUCAGCUGAUCUUGUGUGGAAACUUUCUCAUUUACCUCUUUCUGCUAGCCUCUGACCAGGGGCACAUUGAGGCUGCAUACCAGCUACUGCAAGAAUUUCAUCACGCUCUGAAGCGCCUUGGAGAGACCACCCACAAGCCUGGGCGGCUGCUUCUACGACCUGCUAGACUCAGACUGGAUUCUUUCUUCCGUCAGGCGGCUACAAUUUUGCGUGGAAAUGAUGGCCUAUGA